AUGUUUAAAAUACGUAAAGCGAAGGAUGAGGAGCCAACUGCUCCAGGGCAGGUGAGAAUUAAAAAGAGGUCCAUGGUGCCUGGGGUUAUGAUUACCCAGUAUGUGGAGGAACUUCCUGAAGGCAUGAGCACCCCAGAUUUCACUCGGAAACCCAUUGCUAUAACUAUUCAAGAAGGAAAACUGGUUGUCUUCAGAGCAGUCAUCACUGGCAAACCAACACCAACUGUGACCUGGAUGAGAAAUAAUGGGGAAAUUGAUGAAGAAAGGUACAAAAUCGUCUACGAUGCAAGUUCUGGUGAACAUCAACUACAGAUGCCUGAUGUAUCGGUGGAUCAAGCUGACACCUACAAAUGUUUUGCCAGAAAUGAAUAUGGAACAGCAGUUGUAACUGCCACACUUAAUAUUAUUGAGGUCGGCUAUAAAAAGAACAAAGCCAUGCAACAAUCAAGAACAGCUGUCCGAGAGACACCCGAGGACUUCAAAAAGGCCUUAAAAAAUAAGGUUAACAUUGAGCCAAAGGAGGAGAAGAAUCCAGAAAACGAUGAAAAGUUCUGGGAACUGUUGUUGAGUGCAGACAAAAAAGAUUACGAGUCCAUCUGCGCUCAGUAUGGCAUCACUGACUUUCGUGGAAUGCUGAAGAAACUAAAUGAGAAGAAGAUAGAAAGAGAGAAAGAGCAAGAAAAGGUUGUUGAAAGACUAUGCAACCUGAAGCCCAUUGAAAUGAAAGAUAAUGGUGCUGCAGAGUUUGAACUUGAAAUGUCACUUAAAGAUCCAAGCAGCAAAAUUUUCUUAUACAAGGACGGAGUGAUGAUUCCUUUUGAUGCCGACAUAGAGGUAAAACAUGGACUGAGACAAGUUGGAAAGAAGUAUGUGUUCAGCAUCAAUGGUGUUGAUCCCGAGGAUGCAGGGUUAUACCAAGUGGAGGUUGAUGGAGUUAAGGUCUUCUCGACUGACUUCAAAUCUUCCAAUAUAGACUUCUUGGUCAAGAUUCAAGAUGUGAAAGCAGAGGAAAGAGAGGAUGCUGUGUUUGAGUGUGUCACCUCGCAGCCCCUGAAAAAGAUAACUUGGAAGGGAAAGAAUAUCCCAUUGGAGCAAGGGGACAAGUAUGAUAUCAUUGUGUCAGAGGAUAUGUUGAUUCAUACAUUGGUGGUGAAAGACUGCAUGCCACUGGACAAAGGAAUUUACGCAGCCGUGGCUGGACUCGCAUCCUGCAGUGCCUGGCUUAUAGUAGAAGCUGACGAUGAUCCCAAUUCACGAGGAAAGAAGAAAGCUCGCAAAACAACCAGAGCGGGUGGUGGAGGAGAAGAACUUUUGAAGAUUGCUCAAGAGCAACAGGCUAAGAUACAGAAAGAGCGAGAGGAGUUGAUCGCAAAGGUAAAAGCAGAGCAAGAGGCAGCAGCUGCAGAGAAAGCAGAGGCCGAAGCUAAAGCAAAAGCAGAAGCAGAAGCAAAAGUCAAAGCUAAAGCUGAAGAAAAGGCAAAGGCAAAGACAAAGGCUAAGACAAAGACAAAGACAAAGACAACUGCAAAGGUAAAGGCGCAGACAAAGGCCAAAACAAAAGAAGGUGCUGAUACAGAUACAACCGCCGCUGCAGAGAAGGAAGGAGAGGAAAACGAUGUAGAAGAAGAAGAUAUAGAAGAGGAAGAGGAUUUAGAAGAGGAAGAAGUGUCUGAAACAGCUGAAGCUACAUCAUCAGAACCCAAACAGAAGGUACAAGUAAGGGAAGAAGAGUCUCUAGCCCAAGAUGCUGAUGCUGAAGAAGAGGGGCCUGUUCAAGAGAAAAGAAAAAGAGUGAGAACAGGUCCACUUGUCCCGGAUACAGUCAUAGACCCAGGGGUAUACUUCACCAGUGGACUGUCAGAUGUAACCGCCAUCAUUAAUACUGAUGCAGAACUGGUCUGCAGGCUGAGCAGUGAAGACUAUGAUGAAGUCUGGUACAAAGAUGGGAAAGAGAUAACAGCUACAGACGAUAUCUGUAUUGUAAAAGAUCGGACUUAUCGCAAACUAAUUAUCAAAAACUGCAAAGAGGAUGAUGCUGGAAAGUAUCGAUGUGAAGCUGAUGGGCGUAAAACUGAAGCUGUGCUAAAAGUUGAAGAUCCUCCAAGAAUAAACUCUGACGACCUCACUACAUUCAUGAAACCUGUUGUAAUCAAAACCGGGAAAGAUGCAGCAUUCAAGUUGUCCUUUGUUGGCCGAGAACCCAUGAAGAUCCAAUGGUACCAUGAGGGUGAAGAGCUAUUGGAGGACACUAAUAUCAGGAUCGAGAAGUCCUCCUCACACAGCCGCCUGCUGCUAACCAAGUGCAGACGCAAAACCUCAGGAGAAAUUAAGAUUAAGAUUAAAAAUGAAUGUGGAACAACUGAAGCAUUCUCUAAGAUUAUUGUUCUCGAUAAACCAACACAACCUUUAGGCCCUGUGGAUAUUAUUGAAAGUUCUUCAACUUGCAUCGAGUUCAAAUGGAGGCCUCCCAAAGACGAUGGAGGCUCCCCUAUUACAGACUACAUCCUGGAGCGCCAGCAAAUUGGCCGAAACAGCUGGAAGAAACUAGGCAAGAUUGGCCCAGAGCCUAAAUAUAGGGAUACCGAUGUGGAUCAUGGCAGAAAGUACUGUUACCACAUCAGGGCGGAAACUGAUCAAGGCAUCAGUGAAAUGAUGGAGACUGAUGACAUUCAGGCAGGGACAAAGGCAUACCCUGGUCCUCCCUCUACACCAAAAAUCGUUAGUGCUUUCAAAGACUGCAUCAAUCUGGCUUGGUCCGCACCUACUAAUACUGGAGGAACCAACAUUUUGGGAUACAAUGUGGAGAAACGCAAAAAUGGCAGUAAUCUGUGGGGCCUUGUCAACCCACCUGAUGAGCCUAUCAGAGAGAAAAAGUAUGCUGUGAAGGAUGUUAUUGAAGGCAUCGAGUAUGAAUUCCGUGUAUCAGCUAUCAACAUUUCUGGUGCUGGAGAGCCAAGUGCACCUUCAGAAUUUGUGAUUGCAAGAGAUCCAAAGAAGCCCCCUGGUAAAGUGAUUGACCUGAAGGUGACAGACUCUACAUAUAGCACUUUAUCGCUGGGCUGGACCAAACCCACAGAAGAGGAGGGUGUUCAAGACGAGGCAAAAGGAUACUUUGUGGAACUCAGACCAGCAGAAAACCCAGAAUGGAGUCGCUGUAACUCCAGUGCUAUCAUUAUGAACUCCUAUACUAUUAUGGGUCUGAAGUCUAUGGCCAUGUACUGGGUAAGAGUUGUAGCCACAAAUGAGGGUGGAGACGGUGAGCCUCAAGAGUUGGACAAUUAUAUCAUUGCAAUGCCUCCUCCAGUGAGACCUCACUUCACAGACAGAAAAAUGAAGAACUUCAUGGUAAUGAAAGCUGGUAACUCAGCUCGAGUCAACUUCAACUUUCAGGCCUCUCCGAUACCAAAUAUUACGUGGCUCAAGGAUGGUCUUCCUGUGGCCAAGCAUGUGACAGUGAGCAACACAGACACAUCAUCGCAGCUCAUGAUCCCCUCAUCAGAGCGCCAUGACACUGGGAUCUACACAAUCAUUGUCAAGAACAUUGUUGGUCAGGAGACCUCUAGUGUUGAAAUUAGAGUCACAGAUGACCCCAAGCCUCCAGGCCCUGUGGAGCUGGAAGAGAAUGUGUCAGGAACAGUCACAAUCUCCUGGACUGCCUCUCCAGAUGAGAAGAAAGAUGACAGGCUGCACUACAUGAUCACCAAACAUGAUUCUGUUAAGCGUACUUGGCAAACUGUGGCAGAUCGUCUCUUCAAUAACAAGUUCACUGCCAUUAAUAUCAUGCCUGGAAGGCAGUAUCAGUUCAGGGUCUAUGCCAAAAAUGACAUGGGGCUUUCCAAACCCUCCGAGUCACCAACCUGGGAAGUGAAGAGAAGAAAAGAAACGUUUUCUUUGACCCUUCCCACCUCUAAGGACUGCAACUUUGAGACACCUCCCUCAUUCUCUGUUCCACUAAAAAUGCACAACAGUCCAGAGAGCUAUGAGUGCUACAUGAGUUGUGCAGUGACAGGAAACCCCAGACCCCAUGUUACCUGGUACAGAAAUAACAUCAGCCUCAACACCAACACUAACUACUACAUAACCAACACAUGUGGGGUCUGCUCCAUGGUGAUACUCAAAGUUGGGCCCAAAGACAGCGGGGAUUACACCGUCAUUGCAGAAAACACUCUGGGGAGAGUAGAGUGUUCAGCCAAACUUGUUGUUAAAGAUUAGGAUGAUGCAAUGGACCUGAAUUCCUGAUCACAAAUGAAACGUAAAGGAUUUGCCAAUUUAAAACCUGCUGUAAUCUGUGCUUUUUCUGUGAAGUACUGUAUUAAAUGUGCUUAAACAAAUUGUGAAGAAUAAACAAUGAAUGAGAAAGGUAAUGAAGAGCUCAAAUGUUUUAAAGCACAAAAUAACAAAUGUGACCACACUAGGUUCUGUUGUGUUUAUCUACCAGGUGCAAAUAGCACUUUGACAAGAAGCAUCUGAGAUUCAUGUGAGAUCUGAAUUAUAUGCCAAUCUUACAUAGCAUAGCAUGUUUUGUAUCGACCUAUUUUUACCAGAGCUGUGAUUAUAGUUAGUUUCCUCUGCUGUUUUCCGAGUAAAAACAAGAAGCUGCUGUCUUCUGGAAAAGUGAUGAUAUGGCAUGACAGUAUAUCUAAGUCUG